AUGGAUUCGCUAGCACUGAAUUUGAAACUUUUGUUGUGUGGCUUUCGAUUGUUGACCCAGAAUGUCGUCGAUUUUUGCGAAAAUUUGAAUCAAAUCUUGCAAGAAUCACUGGAUUGCGCCAAAAAUCCGUUCUCUGGUUGGCAGCGUGACCAGUUCCGGCUGAGUUGCGUACAGAUGAAUUUACAACAGUUCAAAGCAACUGUUGCAUUUACGAGUUAUCAUUGCGCCCAAGUUGAAGGGCGCCAAAAUUCGGCGCUCCAGAACUCGUUCUUCCAGCAAUUCAUGUUUCACAACAUACGUUGCUAUCAGCUCAUCUAUGAAGCGCAGGAAGCGAGCCGUACGCCGAUGCAUGAAUUUUCACUGCUUUUCUUCACCGGCCCCCUAAAAAGGCAACUAGAAAUCCUGUACACGGCACUGAAUUUGUAUCAGGAUAACGGUUUUCGCAUCUCGGAAAGUCGUUUUUAUGGAUUCAGUUUCCCGGAAGAUGCAACAGCUCUGUAUUUCCCGAUAUGCCAACUGCUUUCCUCACGUUUUUGCCUAUGCCUAACACAGAAAAUGGUACCCGAACUUUAUGCAACUUUAUAUGGUUUUUUGAAAAAAGUGGAUGUGGAAAAAAUUGAAGGAAUAAGUGAAUCGGAGCAAAAACAAUGGAUUGAGGAGGGGCAAGAGGUGCGGAAACUGAUUGAACGUCAGCGUGCAAAUUUGUCCGAUUAG